GCAUCGUUACAAAAUCCCCAAUUCACCUUCCCAACGAUUCAAAUCCCUAAACACGAUCUUGAUUCAAAAAUCGAAUCGAGAAGCCAUGGAUAAAAGCAGCAGCAUCAACUCCACGGCCUCAACCGCUUCCAAUCUGAGCACGGCUUCCCUCGAGAAGCUAGAUCAGGCGGCGAGCUGGUUCGGCGCCACCGUCAUCUCCGCCUUCUUCGCCUCCCUCGAGCGCUGCUCCUGCGUGAACCUAUCUACCUUCGAUGAUGACGACGACGAAGAAGACGACAACGAGGAAUCCAACAGCCGUCCCCUUGCUCACUCCGCCGCUCCUCAACCAGACGACAUCGUUUAGAUUUUUUCUCCGGUGAUCCCUCGGUCUAGGAAUUAAAUCUACGAUGUCAUAUGAACUUUUGAUUGUAUAUCCUUUUUUUUGUUCUCCGAAAUGUUGAUGUGGAAACUGAUUAUGGUUGUUCCUUGUUCAUGAUCUAUGAAGUUUAUUUAUAUAUAUGCUUGGUUUAUUUAUAUUUAUUAUAUAUAUAUAUGCUCAGUCUCUGUUGAGAAACAGCAUAUCAAAAGAAUCAACUGUGUUGAAGAACAGCUUGUGUGUUUUUCUUAUUGUGGGAAUUCUUUUAAAUGUUACUUUGGAG